AUGCACAGGCUCCAAUGUUGUAAAGAUCUUGAUUGGGACAAACCUCUUAAUAAUGACUUGGUUCGUGAAUGGAAAAACAUAUAUAGGCAGGCAAAUUCCUCUCCCAUAAUCAGAGUGCCAAGGUUUGUUGGUCCUAGGGACGGUGAAUACAAACUAAUAGCAUUUACAGAUGCCAGUCGUUCUCUUUAUGGUGUUGUAGUUUUUAUAUGUCAUAUUGAGACAAAUCGGUGUUGUUUCCUACAAGCUAAAAACCGUAUGGUUAAUACACAUUUGAAGAAUAAGUCGAUUCCGUCAUUGGAACUUAAUGCAGUUUUGUUUGGUGUUGAAAGCUUAAUGGAGUUACACAGAGACCUUACAGGUGGUGUGUGUAUGAAGCCAGUUAACAUAUCUGAAUUACUGUUGUAUACAGAUUCAAUAUGCUCACUUCAUUGGCUUGAUUCUUGUGUGUCCAAGAUGGAAAAAAUGCAGAGACUUGGUGUAUUUACCACUAACAGGCUUAAUGCAAUCCAGAGGUUAUGUGAAAAGUACCCUGUUAAGUUUUGUUUUGUUUCGGGAAAAGAAAACCCAGCAGACAGCAAUACUCGCCCCUUUUCUUAUAGGUCUCUUAUGAAAACAAAUUUUCUUAUUGGACCAGAUUCAAACUUUAUUAAGACUGAAGAUGAAUUAUCUGUUAUCAUUCCUAAUCCACUGACUGUUGACAAAAUGGCUCCUGUCAUCGAUUAUAAUGUAUAUGUGGGAAUUAAUUCUGAACAUUCUCUAAAUAAUUCCGAAAAUGCUCAUUUAAUAGACCCUAAUGAUAUUUCUGAUUUCAGGAGAUUGGUUUUGAUUCACCGAAGAGUCUUGCGGUGUGGUAUGAAAUGGAAGCAGAAGAUAGGGAUAGAAGGCAGUCCUAAAUCACCUAAUAGUAACCUGUUUGCUCAGGCCCUUAGCCAGAUUAUAUCUACAGAGCAAAAAUUGUUUUUCCCUGAAGUGUUUUCGUAUUUUCAGGAUCAAAAGGUUAGACUUAAAGACCUACCUAAGAUAGUUACUCAACUGAAUGUUUUUCUUGACAUAAAUAACGUUAUUAGGGUGAAAGUAAGUUUAAGACAUGGGAGAUUCAACAACAGAACUUUCCAUUUGAAUCAAAAUGUUUAUAGAGAGUUUAGGUCUGACCCACCAUCUAUUCCCUUCAAUAAUGUUUUUAUUGACUACCUAGGUCCUUUUACAGUUAAAAAGGACUCUGAAUCUCAAAAAGUUUGGUUACUUAUUUUUGCAUGUACUUGGAGUCGAGGAAUUGAUCUCAGGAUAUGUAAUGACCUCUCGGUCAAGGAGUUUUUAAGAUCAUUUCAACUUCAUUGUUUUAAUUAUGGAGUACCACAGCUUGUUGUCAGUGACCUAGGCUCUCAGCUUGUUGCAGGCGCCAACCAUAAUUCAUGA